CCGGAAGUGCGCUCCCCUCCCAGGUGAGUGACUAAACUUUCCGGGUCACGUGAGCGGGAGGAGCCGGUGUGGUCCGGCCGAGCGACCGAGGGACGCAAGGAGGGAUCGAGCGAGGGAAGCAGAUCGGGAACCUGAGUGAGAUCAAAGACGCCCGGGCCAGGUGCCAAGUCGUAAGUACCUCUGGCCCGAGAUGCGGUAGGAGCGGCGCGCAAGAAGCCCUGUCCCUGGUGCCACCAGCCUAUCUCCCCAGGCCCAUGGCGAGCCCCAGCCUGGGGCUGCUCCUGGCGCUCGGCCUGCCGCUGCUGCCGGCCCGCUGGGGCCGGGUCUGGGGGCAAACAUUGGACCCCACUGCAUAUGAGAAUAGCACUGCUACCACCCCAUACCCCAGCUUCAAUGGGGCCCUGUCUAAGGAGGCCACCACUGCUAUCAUCGUGGUCUUCUCCCUCUUGGCUGCCCUGCUUCUGGCCGUGGGGCUGGUGCUGCUGGUGCGGAAACUGCGGGAGAAGCGCCAGACGGAAGGCACCUACCGGCCCAGCAGUGAGGAGCAGUUCUCCCACGCAACCGAGGCCCAGGUUCCCCAGGACUCCAAGGAGAAAGUGCAGGGGUGCCUGCCCAUCUAGGUCCCCUUCCUCUCUUCAUCUCCCUCCCUUGCUGUGUGACCUUGGGGGAAGGCUGAUCCCUCUCUGAGCCUUCAAAACCUGAGCUUAAGAAUAGAAGGGGAAAAGGUGCUUCAAAACUCUGCCCCUGAGGGCAAGGGAGGGUGGGGAUGCUGACAUUUUAUAUAUAUAUAUAUAUAUAUGUGUAAAAUUGAUAGUGAGAUAUAAUAAAACCUUUUUUUGAACUGGU